UGAAACUCAAACUGGACAUGCCCAAUGGCAAUAAUCAUUAUGUUCUAAGCCCAAAAAUUUAUAGAGAUUUUUUCAUGGCUGAUUCUUAGACGCACGCAUCACCGUAGGUUUUUCACCUUCAACAGACCCCCUAACCAAUCAAAAACCGCUCGAUCGACGAUUCGCAACUGGGGAAAAAAACCCGUAUCCAAACAGUGUCUAAUUUGGAAGGUUGAAUUCAGGGAAAGGAAAAUUGAAAAAAAAAAAAAAAGGAAAAUUGGGGCUCAUUGCUAUUUGCCUCAACUCAAAGACAAUUACUCGGUACCUUUCUAUUGUUUGGUUUUGUCCUCUCUCUCUAAAACAGUUGCGUUGAACUGCUGCAGAGACCAAUUUGAAUCUUUACCUAUAUCUGCAUUCUGAUAUGAGGCCAAAUGGAAAAAUGACUUGGGAAAUUUAGAUGAUCCAGGAAUUACAAGUCUUUGUGAGCUCCUUGAUGGGAGUACUGAUGUGGAUGCCUCACUGAAAAGGGAUGAUUUACCUUUAAAGAGGGCUUGCCUGGAACCUCCAUAUUCUUUGGGAGAUGAAGAUUAUAAUGUGCCUCCAUUGAGUGUAUCUUGGGCUGGUACACCCAUCUCUUAUCAUCCCUUUUUCCAUCAACAUCAAGCUGGCCCAAGUAGCUUUCAUUUAACACAUCCACAUACUUUGGCUACUGAAUAUUUUCCUACUACCAUGGGAGCAUCAAAAGUUGCAAGUACAAAAAAUUAUAGUAUCAACAGAAAUCUCACCAAUCUACAAACGUAUGAAGAAUACCUGGAAGCCCAUGACAGAACCAGCAAAUGAUUAUUACUUUAAUAUGAUGACUGCACCAUAUCACACAAUACAGGAGUCAACAAGUAGAAACCAUGGUGAUGAUUCAAACUCAAGUUUGGUAACUGACCGUCGCCAUUCUCGCAAGGGGAAACAUAACUCGUCCUAUAUUGUUUCCAGCUCCAGCGCUGAGAGAUGCAUGGUUUUUUUUCCUGUUGGCUUUCGUCCGGUGGGGCUCAAAUUGGCCGCAAGGUGGUCAUUGAGUGAAGCAAAUUUGUUCUUCCAAUCCCGAUAGUUGAGAUACAAUUCAGACACAGUGUCGUCAUCUUGUACACAUUUGUAUACUCUAUUCUAUGAACUGAUCGUAGCGUUUACCAACUCGUUUUCAAAUUUCAACUACUUAACAUUUUGCUCCUUAUAUAUAUAUAUAUAUAUAAUAGAGAAAGAAUAGACGAUUUAGAUAGUUCUAC